GCGCGGGACGCUCUAGGACCCAGCAGCGGUUGUCCGGUUUGGGGCUGGAGGUGAAGCCCUGGCAUUUCCCUCCUUCCUGUGUGAAUGGGGCUGAUUGUCGGGAGCCAGCCACUUCCCCGCGCUACCCCACGCCAUGCGCAGCGCGCUGCCCGGCAGCCGCCUUCCCCAGCCGCGGGACUGAACUAGCCAUGGUCGCCUCAUGUGGAGGGCAAAGUUGCGCCGGGGAACUUGUGAGCCUGCGGUGAAAGCUCCCUCUCCCGUUGGUUACGGUCCCAGUAGUCCUGGCCAGAUUCUGGAAGACUCCAGCUACUUUUUUCCAGACUUUAAGCUCUAUUCUGGGAGGCAUGAAGCAUCUGCUUUGACGGUAGAGGUGAACGGUAGCAUCAGGGAAAAAGUUGUUGAGGAUCCACUCUGUAACUUCCACUCCCCGAACUUCCUAAGGGUCUCAGAGGUGGAAAUGAGAGGUUCCGAGGAUGCGGCAGCUGGAACAGUGUUACAGCGGCUGAUCCAGGAGCAACUGCGGUAUGGCACCCCGACCGAGAACAUGAACUUGCUGGCCAUUCAGCACCAGGCCACAGGGAGUGCAGGACCAGCCCACCCUCCAAAUAGCUUUUCUUCCACGGAAAACCUCGCUCAAGAAGACCCACAAAUGGUCUACCAGUCAGCACGCCAGGAGCCGCAGGGUCAAGAACACCAGGUGGACAAUACGGUGAUGGAGAAACAGGUCCGCUCCACUCAGCCUCAGCAGAACAACGAGGAGCUGCCCACGUACGAGGAGGCCAAAGCGCAGUCGCAGUUCUUCAGGGGGCAGCAGCAGCAGCAGCCGCCGCAGCCGCAGCAGGGGGCUGUGGGCCACGCCUACUACAUGGCUGGGGGCACUAGUCAGAAGGCCCGCACGGAGGGGAGGCCCACGGUGAACCGUGCCAACAGUGGCCAGGCCCAUAAGGACGAGGCGCUGAAAGAACUGAAACAGGGCCACGUCCGCUCUCUCAGUGAGAGGAUCAUGCAGCUGUCCCUGGAGAGGAACGGGGCCAAGCAGCACCUCCCUGGCUCAGGGAGUGCAAAGGGGUUCAAGGCAGGAGGGGGACCCUCCCCAGCCCCACCUGCUGGCAAAGUGCUGGACCCACGCGGUCCACCACCCGAGUACCCCUUCAAGACCAAGCCCAUGAUGUCCCCGGUCAGCAAGAACCAGGACCACGGACUCUUCUACAGUGACCAGCACCCCGGGAUGCUGCACGAGAUGGUCAAGCCGUACCCUGCGCCCCAGCCCGCGAGGACAGAAGUGGCCGUGCUGAGGUACCAACCGCCCCCGGAGUACGGGGUGACCAGCCGCCCGUGCCAACUUCCUUUCCCGUCGACAGUGCAGCAGCACAGCCCCAUGUCCUCCCAGACCUCCCCCGUCAGUGGGCCGCUGCACUCCGUCUCCUUGCCGCUUCCACUUCCGAUGACCCUGGCCGCUCCUCAGCCCCCACCUGCCGCCUCCCCGAGCCAGCAGCUUGGUCCAGAUGCGUUUGCGAUCGUGGAGCGAGCCCAGCAGAUGGUGGAGAUCCUCACCGAGGAGAACCGGGUGCUUCACCAGGAACUUCAGGGUUACUACGACAAUGCUGACAAACUCCACAAGUUUGAAAAAGAACUUCAGAGGAUUUCAGAAGCCUAUGAGAGUCUGGUCAAGUCUACCACCAAGCGAGAGUCGCUGGACAAGGCAAUGAGAAACAAACUGGAAGGCGAAAUUAGAAGACUUCAUGAUUUCAACAGAGACCUGCGAGACCGACUGGAGACUGCCAACAGGCAACUUUCCAGCAGGGACUACGAGGGGCACGAAGACAAAGCUGCGGAAGGGCAUUCUGCUUCCCAGAACAAAGAAUUCUUGAAGGAAAAAGAGAAGUUAGAAAUGGAGUUAGCGGCUGUGCGGACUGCAAGCGAGGACCACCGGAGGCACAUUGAGAUCCUGGACCAGGCUUUGAGCAAUGCCCAGGCCAGGGUCAUCAAGCUGGAAGAGGAGUUACGAGAGAAGCAAGCCUAUGUGGAGAAAGUUGAGAAGCUGCAGCAGGCCCUGACCCAGCUGCAGUCCGCGUGCGAGAAGCGGGAGCAGAUGGAGCGGAGGCUGCGGACCUGGCUGGAGCGAGAGCUGGAUGCGCUGAGAACCCAGCAGAAACAUGGAAAUGGCCAGCCAGCUAGCAUGCCAGAAUACAAUGCUCCGGCCCUCAUGGAGCUCGUGCGGGAAAAGGAGGAGCGGAUCCUGGCCCUGGAGGCUGACAUGACCAAGUGGGAGCAGAAGUACCUGGAGGAGAGCACCAUUCGGCACUUUGCCAUGAAUGCCGCAGCCACCGCUGCGGCAGAAAGAGACACCACGAUCAUCAACCACUCUCGGAAUGGCAGCUACGGUGAGAGCUCCCUGGAGGCUCACAUCUGGCAGGAAGAGGAGGAGGUGGUGCAGGCCAACAGGAGGUGUCAGGACAUGGAGUACACUAUUAAAAACCUCCAUGCCAAAAUCAUAGAGAAGGACGCCAUGAUUAAGGUCCUUCAGCAGCGGGCCCGGAAAGACGCAGGCAAGACAGACUCCUCGAGCCUGCGGCCUGCCCGCUCCGUCCCGUCCAUCGCGGCUGCCACUGGGACGCACUCCCGCCAGACCUCCCUGACCAGCAGCCAGCUGGCCGAGGAGAAGAAGGAAGAGAAGACCUGGAAGGGGAGCAUAGGGUUGCUGCUGGGGAAGGAGCACCAUGAACACGCCUCUGCCCCGCUGCUGCCAACCCCCCCAGGCUCAGCACUGCCCCCUACAGCCUCCACCACGUCAGCCAGCAGUGCCCAUGCUAAGACGGGCAGCAAAGACAGCAGCACCCAGACGGACAAGAGCACUGAACUCCUCUGGCCCAGCAUGGCCUCCCUCCCCAGCCGUGGCAGGCUGAGCACCACUCCUUCCAACAGCCCCGUCCUGAGACACCCCGCGGCCAAGGCAGUGGCGGAGAAACUGGACACCUCUCCUGGCCACGGGAAGUCACCCGACCACCGGAGCCGUGUCAGCAGCCUGCUGCACAAGCCCGAGCUCCCCGAUGGCGAGAUGAUGGAAGUGCUCAUCUAACUCUGCGUCCCUGUGAACUUCCUGACAGAACCCUGACGAACAAGGAAGGUGGCGGAGAGGAGGAGAAAGCUCAAGAAGGUGUGGAGGAAAUUCAGGAACGCUGUGAACUGCUAAGAGGUUUCAGAGGAGUGGGAACACUUUCCAUGAAUGUUAGAAACGAGAGCGGGAGCCUACAUGACUGAAGAUGGAGAAGAAAGCCAUGGCCAUGGAUUUUUAUUCUCUGUAGUGGAAGACAGAAAAUGCAUGUAGGUUUGGAAACAAAGUUAAGUAGAUAUAGGACGUGGAAUUUUUCUUUGUACAGAAAAUAUAUCUCUGGCUAUAAACAGACAAACCUGAACAUGGAUCUCCCUGGGAAUAGCCCUGUUCUCCUUGCCUCCAGCAUGUUUGGUUUAAGAACCUCCUAGAAAUCCUAGAGCCAUCUUAGUAUACGACAGUGUUGCCCACGCUGCACACGGGGUGUCCUGUAGGAGUGUGUGUGUCUGAGAAGAAAUGUGCAGGGAUAACGGGGGAUUGGGAAGGUGGUCUCCACCUGAUUACCUGUCCAGUUUGGAUUUUCAGGAGGUGGCAAGGAUUCUCAGCUUCUUUGGAUUCAGCAGUGUUUUCUCAACAGGUUGGAAGUGCUGGCACCUCGGGCUCAUCCUAACUCCUCCGAGUUCAUCUCUGUCUCAGCUCUGUAAUUUUACUUUUGUGUUUGUUCCUUCCUUUGCAAUCAGAUUUGGCAGAACGCCCGAGGCUUGGGAUUCAUAAGCGCAGUGUCUGGAGUGGCGUCGUCCCUGCUGUGUUUAGCAGUGGCCAGUUACCAGGAGGACAGGGCCAGAUGCUGGCUCCCUGGCUGCUUGAUCCACUUGGCGUAGUUGGGCUGCAGCUGCUAAUCUCAUCCAGACUAUGCACUAGGUAAGGUCUGAUGAGGCAGGAGAGCCCCCGGCUCACCAUGUACAUCUUACAUUAAGAUCACGGCACUGGCUUUGUCACUCUCCCGUCAGCUUUCUUGUGAGGAGUUGAAAUGUCCAUCAUUUUGUUCUGUGUAAGACGUUCAGGGCAGCCCUCCAGGAAAUGGAUGAGAGUUUGCAAACCGGUUUGUUUUGGUGGCAUCCAGAACCUCACCAGGCACCCUGUGCCACUUUCUCAUUGUCUCGUACACCUGUUCACCACGCUCCCUUCCCCCUUGCCCUCCUCUGACUGCUGUGGACGAACGUGCAGGCUUCUGUUGUGGGUCGUUCUCUGCCGGGAACUUGCUUUGUUACCUGAUAGGCCUCUCUCUAUAUAGGAUGUGGUUAGGGUUUUUGGAGGUUUCAGUUUGGAGGACAGCUUAUCCAAAGUGAGACUGAAAUGCCAUGGAGAGAGCAUGGGAGUGAGUCAGGUGCUGGGGCUCUGUACCCUUGCUGCGAUGUUUCACAGGACUCCUCUGCUGGCUUCCUCCGGGAGGUGCUGGACCAGAUAAAGAGAGGAGCUAAUCAGGCCGCCAGAUGCUGCUGCUGCACAAUCUGAUGUUGUUCUCCCUCCAGCUCAACUGGAUCUGUGUUUUCUCAGCUCCCAAAAAUCUGUCCGUCCAGUAUUUAUUCAGGUGCCCCCUGAAUAGAACCUUGAAGGCAAUGCUUGGCAGGCUUCUUCUAGGACUGGACUUUGGAGAGUGACCUGGGUGAAGUUACACGGCUUCGGCAAGAUAGGCCUCUGAGCCUCCCCAGAAGACGAAGCGGGAGCUGACUCUCGCAAGCUCUGCCCUGUGGUGGGCCCUCAGCUUUGUGCUGCCUCCCCUAGUCUCACAUUGAGCAGCAGAUAAGUAUUGUGCAGGCUGGGAAACUGAGGCAGCACCCAGACUGAGCGCCAAGCUCACCCCAUGUUCUGUGUUGUGGGAAGAGCAUGGGAGGCCCUGGAAGUGGGGGAAGGGGUUGAGUGUGGAUGUGAGAGGGAUGGAGUCCAGUGAUGGCAUCCCAGUCACUGUUCCCUAUCACUUCUCCCCAGGAAUGAGGUUCAGUCAAUGGCAGCUAACUCUCUUAAGGACAUGGUGACUCCAAUUCAUGUUGGGGAUGGACCAGAAAAGAAAGAAAAUCAACCCUGCCAGCCUGCACCACGAGUCUGGGUCACCCCGUGCUUCGGCCGUCUCCCUAGCAGUGGGUUAGAGCCAGGGCCUCAGCCGUGUUUCUCCCGAAGCCGGGUCCUCGUGCCCUAGACACUGCAUUUUGGUGUAUCUGGGCAUGACACUCACUCAGCUCUUCUAGGUCUCCCAGAAUUGUUUUUUGUUUUGUUUUUGUUAUUGAGGUUUUUUUUUUUUUUUAAUGCCAGAUGUUUUCAUUGUCAAAACACAAAUGGAGAGAGCACCGUUUCCCAGGCUGUCAGCUACAGCUGUGCCGCAGUCAUCAUCAGUCUUUUCAUUCCCCCCGAGCCCACUUGGCCUCUUCCUUGGGAAGGAGGGCCACCAGCUUUAAAAUGUCUUCGGCUGCACUUGCAUUGCAGUGAGCUUUCCUGAGGCUGAGCUCGCCUACAGGAAAAAGGGGUCACAGGUACUGCGCACUCCCUCCUACUCCGGGGCACUUCACAGUAUCUUAUCUCAUUGGGUUUUCAGGAAAACGCUUCCAGCUAUGUGUUUAGUGCUGCCUGCAAGCACUGUGCUACCUUCAGUUAGUCCCCACACUACCUGGGGUUUGCAUACCUUUUAUUAUCCUGAAGGCAUGGGUGCCUAAAUGGGCUCAGAGAAGUUGAGUCCCUUCUCAAAGCCUCACAGCCAGAAGAUGGGAUUUAAAACAAGGGAGUAGAGGAAGAGCUGUGCCUACACCAUGGCUUCCCGUGCCCAGCCUCCUUGUGGUGAUGUGUGUGCACAAAUGUACACAGGUAUGUGCACAUGGCUGUCACACAUCUCAGGGUGUAAGAAAGAGGACUAACCCCAGAACUCCCGUUAAAACUAUUACUGUCUACAGGUCCAUACAGCUAAGCUGCCAGGAAAAACACACUGUUUUCCAAAAAUGUCAGAGCCUGUGCACAAAUUAGCAUUUUCUUCUCCCAGCAUUUCUUCUGCUUCCCAGAGGUGGGUAGGCAGGAGCAAUGUAGACUUCCCCACUGUAGCCAUGCGUGCAGAGCAGGGCUGCCUUGGAGAGCAGGAGUGAUGGAGCCCUUGUGGUCUCACUCCUGCUGAGGCUGCUCUUUGGAACUCAUGGAUGAGUUUGACUGCACAGGGCUGGGAGUGGAUAUAGAGACGGUUGAUGCAAAUGAGUACUGAACUUGAAACAGAACUCGGUGGUUCUGUUGCUCUGAGAGUGUUCCCUCCAGAGAAGCUGGUCCUCACCAUCCUUGUUCUCACCGGCCUCUGCCCUCAGCCACCUGUAUCCUCGCGAUGGAGUGCCUGAAACGUCUUUGUGCUCCUGGAGUGAGCAAGCUCGCCCCAGUAGCCUUUCUGAGUCCCCGAAACUUGGGGAAACACAGGUGAGGCUGGCAUUUAGGAGGCAGUGAAGAGCACGUUGGAGUGGAAGGGUUUCGAGGCAGGGAGCUCGCACGCAGACCUCCGGGAGCUGUGCUGAGCAAAGGGAGGGCUUCUUCCAAAGCCAAAGUCUUGUUCCACAGCUGCCUGGAGCGGGUGGAGUGUGCUAAGUGAUCUCGCGUACCGCUCUCAAACUGAGGGCUGUUGUACCCAUGGUGUGGAGAUCCUGGGGAGGCUCUUAAGUGGAAAAGGCUUUUGAGUAGCCAGAAGGCAUCCAGUUCACUGUAGCUGCUGCACAUCCCAAAAGCUGAGGCAGCCAUGGCACAUGCUCCAUCAAUUUCUCUCCCCAACCUCAACUAAUCAGUGUGUUUCAAUGUCUGCCUUUGGCGUGAGGAUUUGAGUGU